GAGAGAGAGAGAGAGUGAGGGAGAGAGAUGAAUCAGGCAGUGCAGAAGAACACUCUGUACGUAGGGGGUUUAGCGGAGGAGGUUAACGAGUCAAUACUCCACGCCGCCUUCAUACCGUUCGGCGACAUUAAGGACGUCAAGACCCCUUUGGAUCAGGCCACCCAAAAGCACCGCUCCUUCGGCUUCGUCACUUUUCUUGAGAGAGAGGACGCCUCCGCCGCCAUGGACAACAUGGACGGCGCUGAGCUCUAUGGCCGUGUCCUCACCGUCAAUUACGCCCUCCCUGAAAAAAUCAAGGGUGGUGAACAGGGUUGGGCCGCUAAGCCCAUUUGGGCGGAUGCAGACACGUGGUUUGAAAGACAGCAACAAGAAGAGGAAAUGAAGCGUCUUCAGGAGGAGAACCAAGCUGCAAUGGAGGUGGCAGAGGAGUUGCACAGGAAGAAAAUGGCUGAGGACCGAGAUGGGGAAAAGGAGGAAGAAACAGAGACCAAGGAUGAUCCCAUGGCAAGGGCUGAAGCUGAGGUUUUGAAGCAGGAGAGCUAGUUCUUUGCUAUGGAGUCAGCUUUCAAGGGUCGAUUUCAUAGUUCUAAAAAUAGAGAAACAGGGGAAUUGAAAUGAUUUGUUACCUAUUCUAAUUCGGAUUUUUCCCUCCUUUGUAUUUGAUCUCUCUGGAUGAGUUGAUGCUGGUGGAUCUUGUACUUGCUUUUUUGUGUAGAGAUAAUCAAUAUGAUCCAAUUUUACUUUCAGUGUGCUUGAAUUUUUCUUCCUAUGUUCUAUCAAAUUCUGUUUUCAUUAGAUUGAAUGAAUGUACUGCAUGGUGGA